GGAACACAACAUGGCGGCUUGAGGGGAGCGCCGGCAGCGGGGCCGGGUCGGGCCCGGCCGCUGAUCCGCCAGCCCCGGCAGCGGCGGGACGGCGCGGGAGGCACAGUAAGAGGUUGCUAAGAUAAGGAGAGGGAACAUUUUCUGAUGUUCUGGAGAAAGUGAGUCUUUGGGAAGGAAAGUACUGUGCAAGUAAACACAUGAAGCAACAUUUUGAAAGGGAUGAAAGCCCUGGCUCCCUUUCACUGGUAUGUGAAUUUAUGGCCAUGACUAUUUAUGAGCUGAUAAAAGAAACAGAAUUGUCUGGGGCAGCCCUGACUGCUGCAGGGAGAGAAAAGGCCCUGGCCCAGUACAGAAAUGGGAUAUUUCAGAGUGAUGGGCAACAAGAAAACAUAAUAAUAAAGCAGAACAGCCUGAAGUUAAGAGAAUUUGGAUCUUGUAGGAGUAUCUCCCCAUGCUGGUACUGAGCACCUCAAUGUUUGCUUACAAAAGGGCUCUGUAGUUACAGAAUUGGCAUGUGGAGUCCUGGCUGUGUUUUCUAUGAAAUCACAAGUUUCCAGUCUCUUUUUCUUGGAUAUAAUGAGCUGGACCGCAUCUCAAAAAUCCAUGAAGUGAUAGGCAGUCCUGGUAACAAAACUCCAAAAGUUCAAGCAAAAGGAAAAGGAAAGUCUUCUCUUGUGCACAAAUUGCCUUUUAAAAGUUUCUGUUUCCUGUGUGCAAUGAUAAAAUAUGACCUCAAUGAGAGAACUGCUGCCCAUCAAACCUUACAGCACCCUGAUUUUCAGGAACUCUGGCAAGUGACUUCAAAUCACUUCAGUUUUGAAGACUAAAGUCAAAAGCAAACUUUCAGAAUCUCAACAGCAAGAACGGAAAAAACAUCCCAGCCUUGGCAAGAACUUGUAUAGAGAAGACUAAAGCACUUGAACAAGGCUCUGCAGGGAAACCUCUGUUGCUGCUGCUUGCACUAGGUGUGCCAAAGGAAGGGCAGAUUUCUCUUACUAGGACUGAACAAAUACAUGAGUUUUGGUGGAGGAAGUGCUUUACACCAGUAAAGUGAGAAAACUGUAACAAGGGAAAAGAGCAGAACACAAGGGUACAGCUAACUGCUCCUUGUCAUGUUAUUGAAACUCCUGCUGCAUGGAUGCUGCUUUCCUCCGGUCCCAAGCAAAAAAUGUUCUCCUGAACACUGUAUCUCCAAGUAGAGUGACUGGCUGAGGUUUCUUGCUCUGUUACAUUUCAGUGAAUCAUCUCCCCACAUCUGUAUGCUUUCAUGUUAGCAGCUCAUACUGAUAGAACAGAGAAAUUCAACAAUAAGGCAAUACAUUAUUUGUCUGAAUACUUACCAUAGGGACUUUUUAUAGACAGACAGAUUAGAUAGAUAUGUGAAAAGUAUGAUGCUACACUUUGAAAUUAAGGACUUCAGGUCUGUAGGCAGGCAACACAGUGCAACAGUAACCUCCAAGUUCUUACCUUUGGAACACUGAGCAAAAGGUGCCAUGAGCUUAUCCAGUGCUUUUUCCAGAGAGGAAGAUGGUGAGUUGCUCAGUGCUGAUAUAUUUGGAAUUGAGCAUAAUGAGUAGCAUUAAAA